UUUUGCGAUAUCGUUCGUACGGCGACAGGGACUUGCUGCAUCUCGCAAGUCUCCUGCCCUUAAUAAAAAUGUAUGCACACUUUCCUGCUUUUCUAUUGCCUUCUGAGGGAACUAUAUAUUAGUAAACUAUCUGACAGGAGUCCUGCCUUUUCUCUUUUCUGCUAAUCUGAUAGUGACCGUCUCCCAAAUAGCGUAUAAACUCAAACAAUCUUAAACCUGCGCGUUCCUUGCUACUUGCAUCCACUGGGAAUUUCGUCAAUUCUCGUAAGAAUAAUGAAUAAAAAUUUUCCAUCACAUUUUGGCUACGGUGGUUGAAGCUGAGGGAGACGGGUUUGCAAUCGGUUGUCCUUCUACCGUUGUGCCUAAACUCCCGUGGGUACGUGAAACCGGAUUACUGUCGGAAGAACAAAGCUAUCCGAAUUCACGAACAGCUGAAACCAGGACGACAGUAGGACUCGUAGGUGGACAACAAGAAUUCAAUUCGGAGUUUCCAGGGCUACAGAUUUUAGAGUGUGGGGUUGUGAAUACCGCGCUCCGACCGAGUUUGUGAUAAUCUGGCGAAGAGUUUUCGGGAUAGAAGAGGAAAUUGAGAUGUCAGUUAGGGAUUCGGGAGGUUUUGCGUUGGGAUUUAAAGACAGGAAGUGCGACACAUCGUUAGAGCUCGCCGAUAAGAUGGCGACUGUGGCGGCAAUCCCUCACCAUGCGUUUUGAAGUCGAAGUACUGAGCAUGAAUUUUGCACGGAUCUUCCAUGUACAGUGGUGCCCAUUGCAUCUCAUUUAGUUCCUGGGUUUCCCUGCCCCUUUUUGCAGUGGACUGCGAUUUUUUAGUCUCCUGUGUUUUCGUUAAUUCAGAGCAUUUUCAGAAUAUUCAUUUGUCCGCUUAGCGCUCACCCACUGCUGCUGCCUCUUCGAAGUUUGGGAAAUCGUCUCAUCUUUUGGUUUUGUGACAACUAUUAAACAAUGAUUUCAAUAGUUGUCACUUGAAAGUACACGUUGCGUUUGGCGUCGAGGAGAAGAAAUUUGCUGGGUUUAGGGACUUGCCAUUUUUUCCAAUGAGAAGCAAUUCCCAAUCCGGGUCCGCCUUACUACACGGAGCAAGUCUGACGGGGUUUUGUGGAAGCUCUCAGUCUUCAAUUUGAGUCGACAAGGAAGCAGGGAGCCGGAGAUGGUGCGAGACGCAAAUUGUUUUUUGAAAAACAUAGUUCAAGCAGGAAUUUGUCGAAACUGUAUUUUGGUGGCAUAGCGGGGUGGUGUUUGAAGCUGAGCCAUGGACGAUGGUGAAGAAGGACAGUAUGUACACUAUGGCCAGGCGUUGGAGCGAGAAGAAGAUUUGAGUAGGAAGAAGGCGAAGUUAGCGGUAGAUCAGGGUCAGGCUCGCCGAUUACCGCCUUGGAAACAAGAGGUGACAGAUGCUGAAGGUCGAAGAAGGUUUCAUGGUGCGUUUACCGGAGGCUAUUCUGCAGGCUAUUACAACACCGUUGGGUCCAAAGAAGGCUGGGCUCCCAAGACGUUCACUUCAUCGAGGAAUCAACGAGCGCAGAGGACACAGCAGUCGAUCGAUGAUUUCUUGGAUGAAGAUGAACUGGAGGAGACAAAAGCGAAAGGCCUAGGCACUUCUGCCGAGUAUGAUACGUUUGGAUUUACUGCCGCUGAAGUAGCCCGUCGGAAUGCCGAGAAAGAGGUCGGGAGAAGACCGUCAGCUAUUCCAGGACCAGUCCCCGAUGAAAUUGUUAUACCCGCAACUCAGUCAAUAGGUGUAAAGUUGCUGAUGAAGAUGGGAUGGCGCCGGGGUCGAGUUGUCGGGCCGCGACAUUUUACUGCGGUAUCAGCUGCCCGGAGGGAAGGGCGGAAGGCUACAAUUGCACUCGCGUCAAGUAGCAAAUCGGAUCAACAGUCGAAGAAAGUGUACGGUGCCCAACUGCCCCCCAGUUUUGAGGCCUCCGGCGACCUGAUUGCCGAAGGACAGGACGAGGAUGAAGAAGACAUGGAUUUAUCCGAGAAGAUUCCGGACUUUGUUUUUCAUCCUAAGGCGGAUGUUUAUGGGUUGGGAUUCGAUCCCCUAAAGAAUGCGCCGGAGUUCAAAGAAUUGAAGCUGACGCGAAAGAAUAAAGACGACAGAAUCUGGAUGCCUGGGCGUGUGAAGGAUUCGGGGGAUGCAUUCAGUAGAGCCAGGAAUAUGGGCUCUCAAUUUGGUGUCAGUGCGAUGGACCUUUUUCGUGACGACGAUGAAGAAAUAUAUGAUACUGUUUUAGACGUGGAGGAGAAGGAUGCUGACGUUAUCGAAGCUACCAAACCACAACUUCGGUUGAUAAGCAACAAUGACUGCAUUCCAGGUUUUCAACCCGCGUCUUCUGCAUCUAUACAAUUGAAACCAGCUAGGAUCCCCCAACCAGUGGUCCCCAUGAACUUUGAUACGAAGGCCACAUUUGCAACUUCUUUGGAUGUUGAACGGAGACUCUCGAGACCAGAGCCCCCUGAAGCUCCUCCUCCUGCGGACACCGUAACGAGAAAGCUUAUUGACGGCCUUGCCACAUUUGUUGCAAGAAUUGGGCCACGGUUUGAGGCUCUUUCAAGAGAAAAACAUUUUGGGAAUCCCCAGUUUUCUUUCUUGGAUACAGGUCCUGAUCAUGAGUAUUACAGUAGAAAGUUAUGGGAGGAGCAGAGAGUCAUUUCAGAAAAGGGAAAUGAGCCCAUCGAACCAAAACGCGGAGGUCAUAAUGAGAAGUUAGGUGCCGACCAAAGAGCUUUGAUUCUUGGUGAAACACCCUUGCCCAAAGAAGAGAAGGCUCGGUUGCCGGAAGCCUUGGCGGGGAGUUUCACGAGCCCUGCCACAAAGGCAGUGGAUUCGAAUAAGAUGAAGCUGUUUUUUAAAGAAGAUCUUCAGAAGCAAGCGCGUUUUGAGAAAUAUCUUGCCGAAAAGUUGGUAGGGGGUAUAAAGCGCAGAUCCGGAGAAGGAAUCAACAUGUCCAAAGCACAACAUGAGCAAGAGAUAUAUGAAUUCGAUAAGGCUCUGCAAAGCCUGGAAGCUGCGGGAGCAACCCAGUCUUCGAGUUUGAUACCAAAGGAAGUCACUGAAUUGACGGCGAUGAUGAAUAGUAGGUUUACAUCAGGAACCGUCGAAACUAUGCUUUUGGUUCCAGACAGUGAAUCAGAGAUCUCUAACAGAAUCAUAGGUCUGCCGGUGGAUGAAUGUCCUCGGAGAGAAGAGAAUUCAUGGCGGCCGGCAUCAAUGCUUUGCAAACGGUUCAAUCUGGCUGAUCCCUUCGCUGGAAAGCCCGCUCCUGUCACAAAGCCAAGAAGCCAAACGGACUUUUUUGUCACAAGCCUAAUUUCUUCUGAAGAGGGCACCAAGCCUGACGGCUCGUCGGCAGUAAGUUUGGCCUCUUCUUAUUCUGCAUCUGGCGCUGACGCUAUCUCAAAAGGUCAUGUGGAGGAUAUGGAACCAGUGAAGAUGAUAACGGAGAGGCCCGUCGACCUUUACAAGGCCAUUUUUUCUGAUGACGACGACGACGAAGAUGAUGAAAACGAAACUGCAACGGAGUUGCCCACCCCGCUGAUAGAUGGCCGCGACUUGGGGGAUGAAAAGGUGAUUGCUAAGCAAUCUGAAGCUGCGCAAGCUGCGCUAAACCGCCUGGCUGCUGGAGACUUUCUAGAAUCAUUGGGAAAAGAACUAGGACUGCGGGUUCCAGUGGAGAAACCGAGAGUUGAACUUCCCAUGAAGCAAGGGUCAAAUCGGCAUGGCAGCAAUCACGGUUCUGGAGUUGCCGGCAAGUCAGAAGCCAGAGUGCCCAGUGUACCUCAUACAGGGACGUCCUGGUCAGGUGCCCCGUUGAAGAACUACAUGAAUGCCACCGACAUAGAGAUAGUAGAAAAAGUAGAUCAACGGGACAAAGUUUCGAGGUGGGCACCAAUAGGUGAUGACUCCGGAAGGGUACAUCUAAGACUGAAUGAACUUACAAGCACGGACAAAGGUCCUCCAGAUUCGACUGCUUCAAUGCGCGUCAAUAAGAACGUGGAAGCCGAGCCUGUUUCUCACAAGCGGACGAAGGCAUCGAGCAGGAGCAGCGGUAGCACAAGUGAUAGUGACAGUGAGUUUGAAGACGAGAAGUCAAAAAGAGAUUCCAAACGGUCAAGAACACAUGAUAGCCAUUCAGAUGGUGAUUCUGAUAGAAAAAAGUCGAAGAGACGUUCAAGGAAGUCAAGAACAGACAGUGAUCGGGGUAGUGAUUCCGACAAGAGGAGAUCAAGAAGGCAUUCCAAGAAGUCAAGACGGAAGACGGAGGAGAAGGAACCGAAGAGGCACCACAAAUCUCGACAUGAGAAGCACGGGAGGAAAGAGGACGAAAAAGAUGCAAGUAAGAAGAGGCGUCGUCACAAAGACAAGCAGAAAACGUCCCCAGAAUAUUGACCUUACGUUCGAAGCGUCAUAUAAGCACAAUUCAGUCACCCUUCUUUGCAUGGUUAUUAUAGGAGGAUAGCUCCUUCCAUUGUAACCUGUCAAGAACCCUUCUAAGCGAUGCAGGCGUCUACUUCUACGUUUUCUUCGCGUCGCACCGCAUCGGACACACCACCUUUGACGGACGUAAGAGGAGCGUUUGAAAUUCCCGUUUAAAUCAACUGAACAUCUGCGGUCUGGCUGAACUCCAACUGUAAUGUACAGAGUGAAGAAAAUUGGAGGUCGUUCCAAGAAACCGAGGUGAAUCCUCGUGUGAAGAAACUGCUAAGCUGGUCAUGUCUAAGGAUGAGGAGGUUACAUCAUUUCUUAUCUAGGGGACAUGUUUCUCAUUUUCCAAUUCACUUAAUGAAGUCUGCGCUUGCAUGGCGCAGACUAAUUUUGGCCUCCGAUCAUCGUCUCAGAGUUCUGACAUAUGUCCACUUACAUGUGAGUACAAGGCAGAUGGACAUGGCAUGAUGGAAUCUUUGAGGACAUACGAUGGAUCUACGAGAUCGGAAUACUCAUACAAAGAAGAAUUGAAGCUGAUGCUGAAUCACCUUCAGAACAAACAAAUGAAUCUGUUAAAUUUUCUGACGCAAGAGAUGUCUUAAAAAAUAAAAAUUCCAACCUGGGAAGGGAAAAUCUUGAGAGUCGAGUCAGCUUGCAAACGCUGUGAAGUCACAUCAAAUCGCCGAAGUCAAUUUGUGUGGAUCUCGAGGAACUCACGUCGAAUGUUUGUUAACGCCAGCUGACUGCUUUGAGUCUAUGAAGCAUUACGUUUUCCACAACA